AUGGCUUCGAAUCGAUCAUCCGCAAUUACUGGACAUAGGGUUUUCGCACCAUUUGUGACUUGGAUACCAGGCGUUCUAGGUAGUUUAGCCAAUAUUGCUGCCAUUAUAGUUCACUGUAAGCGAUUCCGUAAGAAUACCAAUACUGUGCAACGUGUAUCUUCUAUACAUCACAAUAAUGGUAAUCGAUUACAUGCUACACCGUCAUAUUUACUAGCACAUCUUGCUUUUGCUGAUUUAAUCGGUACAUUUUAUAUGACUGCUAUUGCUGCCGUUGACGUUUACUUGGAUCGUCAAUCGUAUCCAUCAAAUGAUAGAUCACAGUACUAUCAAUGGCCAAAUAGUUCAUUUUGUGCUGUCUUACGAUUUCUUAACUGUGUUUCUACGAUUGCAUCAUCAUCAUUUGCAGUUCUAAUAGCUAUUGAGAGAUCGAAAUUAAUUUUACACUAUCGUGCCUUGAGUUGGCAAGACUAUCGCAUCACGAUACUAGUAAUCACAUCUAUCAUAUGGAUGAUAGCCAUUAUAACUGCCAGCAUUGUUACAAUUUUAUCCCGUACCUUAACAAGAAUACCAUUCGAUGAUACUUAUGAUGUCAAUGGUUUAUGUAUUUAUUUGAAUACUUCACCUGAGAUCUUAUUUUAUUCAGCAACAUGUUACUUGGCCUAUUGCUUUAUCUCCUACUGCUUAGUUAUUAUUAUCUAUGCUCAUAUAAUAUUUACACUUGGCUGGUGUCAACAAUCAAUUCCGUCACGACAACAUCACAGUCGCAACGAUGCGAUAUUAGUCAGAAAUGAAAUUAGACCGUGGCUGAUAUUUUUUGCCAUCGCAAUUGCAAUCACUGAUGCAACAACUUGGUUACCUUUAUCUCUAGCAAUUUUAUUACAACCAAUGGAAAUUAAUCAGACAGUAGCUUCGUUGAAAUAUGUUUCUAUUUCUGUUAUUCUACUUCAAAAAGUGAAUAUGGCAAUUCAUCCCUUUAUUUAUUCUUCGCCGAUUAGUAACGUCAAUAAUAUACUAAUAAAUUCUUGA